AUGAAGGUCGACCUUAUCAUUGAGAACGCAACGGUGGUUACCGCAUCCGACGUUCAUCCUCGUCAAGACAUUGUCGUGCGAGAUGGAAAGAUCCUUGCGGUUGGCCAAAACUUAGGCUCUCUCUUUUCGGCCGAAAAGGUUAUCGAUGCUCAGGAUGGGUUCGUCAUGCCUGGCGGCGUAGACUCACACGUGCAUCUCGACCAGGACAACUCUCCGACCGGAGAUAACUUUGAAAGCGGUACGAGGUCGGCGAUUGCUGGUGGAACAACGACCAUUAUUGCCUUCGCGACCCAGGAGCGCUAUCAUCAGUCCCUGCGUCCCGUUGUCGAGGACUACCACUCACGUUCAAGGGGCAAAUCCUAUUGCGACUAUGGCUUCCACAUCAUUCUCACUAACCCUACACCGACCAUUCUGCGCGACGAGCUUCCGUUCUUCGUGAGCGAGGGCAUCACCUCCGUAAAGUUGUACAUGACCUACGAGCCACUGCAGCUGAAGGAUGGAGAAAUCCUAGACGUCAUGAUGGCGACGCGUAACUUGGGGAUGACUACAAUGGUGCAUGCUGAGAACAGCGACAUGAUCUCUUGGAUCACAGCGCGUCUUGCGGAGCAGCAGCUUACCGCGCCCUACUAUCAUGCCAUCAGUCGCCCUAACAUCGCUGAGGACGAGGCAACUUACCGCAUCAUUGCCUUGGCUGAGCUUUCCGACAUCCCUAUACUCAUCGUUCACAUGUCUUCCAAGACCGCUGCCUCCCAUGUUAGAAGCGCUCAAACAAGGCUCCUCCCAAUUCACGCGGAAACCUGUCCACAUUAUCUCUAUCUCACAGCAGACACAUUGCGCCCAUCUCACCCAACAGAUAGCUUCUCCGGCGCAAAACACAUCUGUAGUCCACCACUCAGAGAAGAUCGCAUGGACCUGGAAGCCAUGUGGACGGGUAUCAUCAACGGGACGUUCACGACGUUCAGUUCGGAUCAUGCACCCAGUAAAUACGAUCAUCCUUGUGGAAAGAAGGCGGGAUUGGACAAAGCUGGGACAAUGCGAUACGACAAGGUCCCAAACGGUUUGCCAGGAGUAGAAACACGGAUGCCGCUUCUUUUUGAAGGCGGUGUGCUAUCUGGAAAAGUAACGCCUCAGAAGUUCGUUGAAGUCACAGCGACCAAUCCUGCCAAACUCUACGGCCUGGGGGAAACCAAGGGCGCCAUCGCCGCGGGCUAUGAUGCCGACUUCGUCAUAUGGUAUCCGACAGCUGAGCAAGCUGCUGCUCAUGAGGGAGCUGACGCCGCCAAGAUGGAACCCUUCGUGCUAGAAAACUCCAUGUUGCACCAUGAUAUCGAUUACUCGCCUUUUGAAGGAAUGGAGUUCAACAACUGGCCGCGUUACACGAUCCUGAGAGGCAAACUAGUGUGGGAUCGAGACAACGGGGGUAUUGUUAGUGAAAUGGGAUUUGGGCAGUUCUUGCGCCGUGGGAAGAGCACAUUGAGCAAGCCAAGGAACCGUUGGGUGAACGAGUUCCAGCCCAUGCCAGAGAUGAAGAGCCCUAGCGUGGCAUAUCCGUAG